UUGCAUGCUAUAUUUUUCUCAUGGUUGGUUCAAUUGGAAUGUUUUCUGUAAAACAAUUUUGGGAUUCUCAUGGAUAUAUUGAAAAGUCAAAAGAAACCAUAGCAAUCCAAAAUUUCAAUGUGAUGAUAUAGUAAUUGAAUCUAGAGCAGCGGAGAUGUGGGAAAAUUUCUCUGAGAUGGAACCAAGUUUGUGGAAGUUAUCUUGUUAGUGUUACAUUGUACGGUCUAAAUUUUUCGUUGUUUAUCUCCAUGAUUAAGUUACUUCAGGAGUCAUGCAAUUACAGACGUUUUGGUUUCUUUUGAUACCAGUGACUCCACAUUAAUUGGCAGUUCAUUGAAUCGCUUAAUUGUUCACCGUGUGUAGCGGCCAUUGUUCCCCAUUCUAUUCUUGUAUUAAAUUGUAAAGUCCCCGAUCGUGAGAUCAAUAGUUCCAUGUACUAUGGUGGAAUGGUUAUAUUAGGCAUGGGGUAGUCAUUUUAUGGGCAAUGUGACCAGAGCUGAGAGAUGACUGGAGGUUGUGCGCAUGGCUAGUUUGGGCAAAAUCAUGGGCAUGGUAAAUUGGUAUUGAAGUGGUUCUGACGGUUCUGUUGAGGUGGUUUGGUCCUUGGAACCAAGUUCUUUUUGUCUUUGGAAAGUUUUUAUAAUCAUUGGUGUCAAUGGGGCAAAGAAAUAUGCUAUGCCCUAAUCAGAUGAUGGAUUUGGAAAUGUAUCAACAAGGUGAAGCUUAUCUCUGUCCGCCACCCUCCAUCCACUUUGGCGGCUCAACCAGUAUCCAACAGCCUAAUAUUCACACACUGGUAACAGCUUCAGGGAGCAGUACUAGUUAUGAUGCCCAACACAUGCCUGAGCGUUAUGAUAAUGCCCCAUUCUACGGAAUGUCCCGGUACAAUGGUCAACAUCAUCAUAAUCUUGAUUUGGGUGUUGCAACUCCAGCCAACUUUUAUUAUUCUUACAUGACCCCUUCAUCUAGCUCUGGGGUGUUACCUGUUCCUAUGAAUCAUGGGGCUGCUGAUUCAGUGACUUCUUCUAGCAAUUAUGGAGUCGUCGGAAUUCCUGCAGAUGAGCAUGGAAGGAAUAGUCGGAUUAUGGAUGAUCUCAGAGGUCCAUGCAAGAGAAAGAAUCCCGAAUGCCUGCCGGGUAAUUUCCAAUAUUUCAAUGGCUCCCCAGGCCCUAGUAGUUCUGUGCCUCCUUUGAAUAUUAGGCAUCCUGAAGGGGUAGCUAUAAUGGAUGCUGUUAACUUUACCGUACCUCCUCCGUUCGUGGGAACUGGUAAUCCACCAAUUGUGGAAGCUGGACCCCAGAUUAGCAUGAGGAAUCGUUCAGCUACAACUUUGGAUUCUGUACCAACAUAUGACCACAACCAUCUGAGUCAAGGAAACUAUGUCAGCCAGCACUUUCAGCCGGCUGGAACACUGUGGUUAGACCAACAUCUAAGCAGUAAUAGUGGAGAUGGAAGUGCUUCAGCCUGGAAUCAAGUUCCUAUUCCUUUUAUGCAUGGUGGCAAUGUCGGUGCAGGUUCCAUGGACAGUGUCAACAUGGGUAUGCAAAGAUAUCAUGAUUCAUCUAGCAGCAGAAGUUCCUCUAUUUUCCGACAUCCUCCUCCGCUCAGCCACCGGAAUCAAAAUCAUCACGUAGCUCCACCUCCCAUGCAAGGAUUGAGAGGCCACAAUCUGAAUCUUCCCCAUGUAACAACAGAACCUUCAUAUAGAUUGCCCUUAAGCUCCUCACGCAGUUCCACCAGGAAUCCAUCUCAGAAUGGUCUGGAGAUUGGUCGUAGGCUACCAGGACCCAAUCCGCCAACUGGCUUCAGGUUAUACAGGCCUCACCAAGGUGUAGUUUCCGAGACAGCUCUAAGGCACCACAACCUUGCGCACUGGAGAGUUCUUGGGGUUGAUGAGGGUGUCAUAUUAGACGUUCCAGAAUUCGGCAACUUUGGUGACCAGCACAGGGAUAUGCGGUUGGACAUAGAGGACAUGUCCUAUGAGGAGCUUCUUGCAUUGGGGGAACAAAUUGGCCAUGUAAACACUGGGUUGUCGGAGGACAGCAUUAGCAAGCAACUAAAGACAAGGAGUUAUUUACCAUCUGGUUCAGUAAUAAAUCUGGAAGAAGCUGGAUCUCCCGAGACGGAAGUUGAUUUUUGCAUAAUAUGUCAGGAUUAUUAUAAGAACCAAGAGAAGAUAGGGAUUCUUCAUUGUGGACACGAGUAUCAUGCAGAUUGCCUAACGAAGUGGUUGCUUGUGAAAAAUGUCUGCCCCAUCUGCAAAUCCGAAGCACUGAUCACAGGGAAGAAGGAUGUAUAGUAGUGUGGUGGACAAAUCGUUGAUGAUCAAAAGGGAUUCUCCCUUUGUUCUUUGACCAUUUUGCCUUAUGUAUUUUGUAUAUGCUCUCGGAUACAGAAUAUAGCGUCCAGCUCAAUCCUUUGUUGGCUUUUCUAAACAUUGGUCCUGUCUCUAAGAAACUUGUACAGACUUCUUUUUGUUCAUAUUUUAUUUUAUUCUCUCAUGAUGCUGUAAUAACUUACGGUAAUUAUGUUCAUUUGUGACAAUUCUUUGAUGACCCUA